AUGGAUCCAAAGGUUGCCGUUGCUCUCACCCUGUCCCUCGUCGGCGGUUUAAGCACCUCCCUAGGUGCACUGUUGGCUAUACUCAAUCAUGCGCCAAACAACAAAACACUCGGGAUUUUACAGGGCUUUGCUACUGGACUCAUGCUGAGCAUGUCUUUCUUUGACUUGGCUUAUGAUGCUGUCAAUGCCAUUGGUUUUCUGAGAGGAAACCUUUGGUUUUUUGCUGGAGCACUGCUAUUUUCAACAAUUGCAGACGUUUUCCCUGAGCCAGAUUGCAGUAUGGCAGAUGAAAAUGACAAACAGGCUGGCGACAACAGAGCAGGAAAGGAACUUAUGAUGAGACAUCGCCGAAGAGUUAUAUUUAGCGUAGUUGUCACAGCCAUUGUUGCUGGUGUGAGUUUGCAAAACUUCCCUGUGGGCACUGCUGCAUUUCUCGGAACAACAAAGGGCUUCCGUGUUGGUUUGAACUUGGCCCUUGCUAUAGCACUACACUACAUUCCAGAGGGUAUUGCAGUAGCUCUCCCAGCGUACUUUGCCACUUGCAGCAAAUGGCAAGCCUUCAAAUUAGCAACAUUAUCUGGUUUUGCAGAGCCACUAGGUGUGAUUAUUGUGGCAUACCUAUUCCCAAGCAACUUGAAUCCUGAAAUAUUGGAAGGUCUACUUGGAUUAGUGGGAGGAGUGAUGGCUUUUCUAACACUGUAUGAAAUGCUACCGCAAGCAUUUGAAUAUGCUGGACGCAAGGAUGCUGUUAAAGCAGUAUUUGUUGGUAUGGCCUUUAUGUCUAUGAGCUUGUAUUUUCUAGAUGCUAGCCUCCCAAAGGAGAUGAGCGCUUAA